AAGAGCCUUGCAUGAAGGGAGAGGAAAACGAAAUCUGGACCGGCGCCAUGUGGAUCCAGGUGCGUACCAUGGACGGGAAGGAGACCCACCGCGUGGAUUCCCUCUCCAAACUCACCAAGGUGGAGGGGCUGCGUCUACGGAUACACGAGGUUUUCGGUAUCGAGCCCCACCGGCAACGUCUCUUCUACCGCGGCAAGCAGAUGGAAGAUGGUCACUCCCUUUUUGAUUACAGCGUUGGACUGAAUGAUAUUGUUCAACUCUUGGUCAGACAAAGCCCAGCAGUGCUUCCUGCUGUUAGUAAGGAAAAGGAUUCUGAACUCUCCGACACAGACUCUGGCUGCGGCUCAGGCCAAAGCGAAUCUGACAAAAGCUCUCACAAUGGAGAAGGUGCCAUGGAACUGGAGGGACAGCCGAGCACAGCGGCGCAGCCUGACUGGACUGACCCGGGAUUUGGCCUCUAUAAGAUCAAUGACUUGGUCGAUGCUCGGGAUAUGAAUAUGGGAGCAUGGUUUGAAGCCCAGGUUGUAAAUGUAACCAGAAAAAAACCUACAAAUGAAUCAGCUGACAGUUGCACAGAUCCUGAUCAGCCGACAACCAUUCCUGAAGAAGAUGUAAUAUAUCACGUGAAAUAUGAAGAUUAUCCAGAGAAUGGAGUUGUAGAAUUGAGUUCGAAUGAUGUACGGGCUCGUGCACGGACUAUUUUGAAGUGGCACCAGCUAGAAGUAGGACAGGUGGUGAUGGUCAACUAUAAUCCCGAUGAACCAAAAGAGAGAGGUUUUUGGUACGAUGCGGAGAUUCUGCAAAAAAGGGAAACAAAAAUGGUCAAGGAGAUAAAUGCAAAGAUCUUACUUGGGGAUGCUGGUGAUUCCUUGAACGACUGCAGAAUUACAUUAGUGGAUGAAAUUUAUAAAAUUGAAGAACCAGGCAGUGCUUGUCCAAUUAGUGCCAGUCCAUUAAAACGACAAAAUGGACCUGUGUGUAAAGCUUGUAAGGACAACCCGAACAAGACCUGCAGAAUUUGUGCUUGCCAUAUCUGUGGAGGUAAACAAGAUCCAGAUAAACAGCUAAUGUGUGAUGAGUGUGAUAUGGCUUUCCACAUCUACUGCCUCAACCCUCCCCUUAGUAGUAUACCAGAUGAUGAGGAUUGGUAUUGCCCUGAAUGUCGAAAUGAUGCAAGUGAGGUGGUUUUAGCAGGAGAGAAACUGAAAGAAAGUAAAAAGAAACAAAAGAUGGCAUCUGCUAAUUCAUCCUCGCGGAGAGACUGGGGCAAGGGCAUGGCAUGUGUUGGUCGCACAAAGGAAUGUACCAUUGUCCCCUCGAACCACUAUGGACCAAUUCCUGGGAUUCCGGUUGGCACCAUGUGGAAAUUCAGAGUUCAGGUGAGCGAAUCUGGUGUUCACAGGCCCCACGUAGCAGGUAUACAUGGCAGAAGUAACGAUGGCGCCUACUCCUUGGUUCUGGCAGGAGGCUAUGAAGAUGACAUAGAUCAUGGAAAUUCCUUCACAUAUACAGGGAGCGGAGGGCGUGAUCUUUCUGGAAACAAACGUACAGCGGAACAGUCUUGUGAUCAAAAACUCACCAAUAUGAACAGAGCUCUGGCUCUGAACUGCAGUGCCCCCAUCAACGACAAAAACGGAGCUGAAGCCAAGGACUGGAGAGCUGGAAAGCCAGUCCGAGUGGUGAGGAAUGUAAAAGGAGGCAAACAUAGCAAAUACGCUCCUGUAGAAGGGAACAGAUAUGAUGGAAUAUAUAAGGUUGUGAAAUACUGGCCUGAGACAGGGAAAUCUGGAUUUUUAGUGUGGCGUUACUUACUUAGGAGGGAUGAUGAAGAACCUGCUCCUUGGACCAAAGAAGGAAAGGACAGGAUGAAAAAGCUUGGCCUAACAAUGCAGUAUCCUGAAGGGUAUUUGGAAGCUGUUGCAAACAAAGAUAAGGAAAAAGAAAAUAAUGGAGAUGAUGAGUUUGAUACCCCGGGGAAAGGAAAGAGGAAAAGGAAAUCAGCAGGUGGGGAGGAAAAACUCAUUACCUCUCCUACAGGGACUCCAAAGAAAACUAAAGUUGAGCCAUACAAGCUAACAUCUCAGCAAAAAUCUCUUAUAAAAAGUGAUGAAGCCAAUGAAAAACUGUGGAAUGAAGUACUAGAAGCUCUCAAAGAUGGACCGAAAUUUCUAAAUAAAGUUGAAGAGGCCUUCUUGUGUAUUUGCUGUCAGGAGGUUGUGUUUCGGCCAGUCACAACUGUAUGCCAACACAAUGUGUGCAAGGAUUGUUUGGAUAGAUCCUUCAAAGCUGAUGUGUACAGUUGUCCAGCCUGCCGCUACGAUCUUGGCAAAAAUUACACCAUGCAAGUGAAUGAAACACUGCAGACCAUUCUAACGCAGCUCUUUCCUGGAUAUGGCAAUGGACGGUGAUUCUGUAAAGCACUUCUAAUUUUCUUUUGUUCAAACUUAUUAAUGGGUUUUCAAUGAGCUUAAUUUAAAUAAAAAAAGAAGUAGUCUCUGUUCUCCCAGACCCCUAAAAAAGUUUAAAGUCUUCCUUGUUUUUAAAAAAACUAUAAACUUCAAGGAAUAUCCUUUUGUAUGUUCGUGGGUUUUGUUUUUGUUCUAAAUGUUGAACUUUGCAUUCCCCCCCUCCCCAACUGCCAUUCAUCAGCACAGAAUUAUUUUUUUAAUGGACUUACAAAGUGCUUCCGGUAAGGCUGCUAAUGAUUAUGAAAGUUCUCAGAGUGCCCCCGUG